CGUAAUUCGCAAACACGGGGUAGUAAGAUAACUAUGACUACUGAUAAUAGCCAGGCAGGGGGUGUUACGAUUGCUUCCAACCGCAAUGGAGGUGUACGGGUAUCGGUAACGAGGACGUACGAGCCAGGGGCAAUGGAUGAAGCUAUAUUGGAGUGGGUGAAGGGCCAAAACCGGUAUUGCUUCGAUAUGACAUGCAAGGCGACGCUAUCGUACUUUGUGUCGUGCUCUAAAGCGAUGCUCUCGUCGAUGAAACACGCUACCCUUACACGGACGAUAAUGGCGUCGGAUGAUUACGACAACUACGCAUACGCAAAGGAUCUUGCGCGAAAGCUACAGCAGGAAAUUGUACAAGAGUUACAAGGUCACGUGACAGACUCUGCUUACGCUUAUGGAGAAUAGUGAUGAACUUUAUUAUUGCCAGCCGUGGC